CUUGGCAGACGGGCAGACUCCUUAGCAACGCCGCGCGCCGCCCGCGAAGCCCGUCCACACAGUUUCUUGUCUACUGAAGCGACACACUCACAGCUGCAGGUGAUGCCAUCAGAUUAACAUGGAAACAGUAAAAGAUACACGAGUGCCACCACCUCCAUGGAUCGACCGCAAAUUCAUAGAAUUUGCCAUCAGUAAUAAAGAAAAGGUGAAAGUUACUGUAGAAAACAUGAACAUUCAACACGCAAAUGCAGAAGGAAUUGGCUAUGGAAGCUUGAUGUACAGAAUUACCGCAUUCGCAAAGUAUGGAAAUAGUGAGAAAGCAAGGAAAAUAUCCAUAAUCGUGAAAACAGCCCUUGAAACUGGAGCAAUGAAGGAGGUGUUCGAAAGUUGUCAGGCAUUCAGGAUUGAGUCCCAGGCGCUGCACGAGGUGAUGCCGCAGAUCCACGACAAGCUGGCAGAACUGGAAGGUGACGAGUUCCAGCCGCUGGCAGCGCACUGCUACCACUGUGGCCAGAAGCCCUCUGACUUCCUGGUGCUAGAGGACCUGGCAGCAGCUGGGUUCAGGAUGGCCAAGGCAGGCCGUCCGGUGGACUAUGGGCACUGUGCGGCUGUGCUGAGGGCAUACGCCAGGCUGCACGCCGCUUCAGCGUUUCUGCUCACCAGACAGCCACAUUACAAGAACACUUUCUAUAACAAUAUGUUUACCAACCAAACCGCCCAGAAACAUUUCAGAUCGUUGGCUUCUAACGUGAUGUGCGCCCUAGCGAAUGAGUUGGAAAAGUGCCCUGGCUACGAGGAGCACUCCCAGUAG